ACCAAGCGUCGAGAGGUGACUAUUCAGCUGAUUCAUCAUGGCGGACGAAGCACAAAAAGCGAGUUUGAUCGCCGAUUUCGCUGGUGUUACCGGCGUAGAUGCAGACAGAGCGAAGUUUUAUCUGGAGUCCUCUGGUUGGCAACUUCAGAUUGCAUUGGGGAGCUUCUAUGACAACGACGGCGGUGACGACGAUGGCGUCAUGUUCCACGAAGCUUCAGACGACCCCAACACAGCUGGACGGCAACAGCCCGAGCUCGUUGACCUGUUCGGCGAGGAGCCGGAGCCAGAAGCGGCGCCGGUGGCCGCGCGGGGUACAGGGGGGAGGACAGGCUCGGCAACAAAACCCCCGUCCCGCUUUCACACCGUCAGCGAUUUUGCGAAAGACGCAGAGGCCGAUAGCGACAGUGGGGAGGAAGGACAGACGUUUUAUGCUGGGGGAUCCGACCACGGAAGCGGGCAGCAAGUUGUGGGUCCACGGAGAAAAAAGAACAACACAGACAACAUGAUCAACGACCUCUUCAAAAGUGCUAGAGACCACGGAGCCCAGGAGGUCGGCGCGGGGUCAUCGACCUCGCCGGACGCUUCUUCCGGCAGUUACGUCUUCAAAGGUGCCGGUUACCGGCUAGGGGACUCAGAGAACACGGGACCGGUGAGACCGGAGCCCGGCACGGCGGGCACACUCCCUGCGAAGGAAUCGGGAGGGACGCACAUUGUUCUCAAGUUGUGGAAGAAUGGAUUCAGUGUGAAUGAUGGGGAGCUGAGGGACAUGAAGGCUCCGCAGAAUGCAGCCUUCCUCAACGAUAUCUCACAAGGCAAAAUUCCGAUGGAGCUGAUCCAGGGGUCCAAAGGCGGGGAGGUGAACCUUGACCUGGAGGAUCAUCGGGACGAGGAGUACGUCAGGCCAAAGGUCAAGGUCGAACCGUUCAGUGGUCACGGCAACAUGUUGGGCAGAAUCUCAUCCCUGUCCACGUGGUCGAAACGUUGCUCCGGUAAUAAUCGUACUCGGACCGACGACCUAGUUUCCAGUGGCUCGGACGAAUUCUCGUCUGACUCGCAAUCUGGUUUUUCAAGUUCGGGUGAGAGCAGUGACGGAGCUUCUCCUCCGGCUCGAAAGCGAGCGGCGACAACUCCAGCAGGACAGCAGACCAACAUCACUUGGCAUAGCGGAGAUUGCUCCCCUCGGCGGUUCGACUUUUGCGGACGUCCUGGCCUCGCUGUUGACUUCGACGAGCAUAGCACCCCCAUGAAAGUCUUCUUCGAAUACCUCACGGACGAGUUCUUCCAGAAAGUUGCCGAGCAGACUAACAAGUACGCCAAUGACAACGGGAUAGUCAACGUGGACGGUCAUAGUAAAAUGUGGUCUGACACUACCCCAGACGAGAUCAGAGCCCUGGUGUGCCUGGUGAUCUUGAUGGGCAUCUCACCCAAACCUAGCCUGACGUCGUACUGGAGCAGACACCCGAUGAUCGAGACUCCGUUCUUCUCCAAAACCAUGCCCAGAGACAGAUUCCUCCACUUGCUAAGGUAUCUCCACUUCAACAACAACGACGACGACGAUGGUUCCGACCGGCUCUUCAAACUGCGCCCAGUCAUCGACGCCCUGACGGAGAAGUUCAAGACGGUGUAUGUUCCAUCGCAGGAUAUAACUACCGGCGAGUCAGUAUGGAAGUUCCAAGGCCCCCAGAAGUGUAGAAUGUACAAAAUCUACAAAACGUGUCAAAGCACAGGAGACGCAGCCGGCUACACGUGGAACUUCAAGAUAUACGCCGGGGAGGACAGAGGUGUCAAAUCUCGUGUGGUGCUCGACCUCAACGAAGACCUCCUCGACCGUGGCUACAACAUCUACCUUGACAGAUGGUUCAGCAGCCCCGCCUUCUUCCUUCAGCUAAGAGACAGGCGCACGAACGCUUGCGGUACCGUCAGGCUGAACCGCAAACACAUGCCAGCGGACUUGAAAGACGUCAGGCUGAAGCGAGGAGAACGGGCCUUUCGUUCGAGCGAGGAAGGACUGCUGGCCCUGGUUUGGAGAGGCAAAAAAGACGUCCAGAUUCUCUCGACGAUGCAUUCCGCCUCAAUGGAACUCAUCACGAGCAAAGACAAAGAUGGCAACGUGGCGGUAAAACCGUCCUGUGUCGCCGAAUACGAACGUGGGAAGUGUGGGCUCGAUCUCUCUGACCAACUUGCAUCGUGUCAUCGUUGCAUUUGCAAAUCGGUGAAGUGGUACAAGAAGCUGUUUCUCUACCUGGUAGACCUGUGUUUGGUCAACGCAUUCCUCGUCUACAAGGUCUUGGGUCACGAUACCACCUUCACGGAUUUCCGUUUGAACCUCAUAACCGAGGUCCUACAGGAGGCAACCUUACCGGAGUACACCAUGCGAAGUCGCCCGCAUACCCUACCCAGUCCCAACAGACUGACAGGGCGGCACUUCCCCAUGGCUAUUCCCCCAACUGCGAAGACUUUGGGUCCCUGCAAAAGGUGUGUCGUUUGCAAGGCCAAGGGCCACAGGCGCGAGACGAGGUAUGCCUGCGACACCUGCGACACUCCUCUGUGCAUAGAUCCAUGCUUCAAGAUCUACCACACUCGAGCAGAUUAUUGACAACUUUUUCCUGCAUUGCUUUUAAGUUUAGUGUCGCCCAGGUAAUUUCAUAAGAAAAUACUAAGCUCCAGUUUCGCCUACAUGUAUGUCAUCGCAAAAGAAGUUUUCAAUGUAUAAUCGAAAAACUUGAGUGAAAAAUAAAAACAGUUACAUCCAGUCAUCUUUUUUUUACUCUAGCUACUGCUGCUUUCAAUUAUGAUUCUUUAACUGUGAGGUCUGGGGUAGUAGUGGCUUGAGUAAGACAUAACGACUUGAUGUAACGGUUGUCUAUUUCCAUACGUUGUGAUAGCAAUGUAACGGACUUGUGUUUGAACAUUGGUAUGGCUAAAAGAUUACUUAGUUUCGUGCAAGUAAUUUCAUUACAAACGUUUUUGGACAAUUUUCUGGGGACAGUAAUAUAUGCAAAAUAGACUCGCACGUGCACACGCAUCGAUCGAAACAAAACCAUUCUGAAAAUUUCAGCAAGAGUGCAUUUACAUGUAUAUGACCACGGUCAAUUAGCCGGCUUGAGACCUUGACACAGUGCUUCCUUCAAAAUCAGCCACCAAUUUUGCCAUAUGUGACCGGCUCCACAAAAAAGGGUCUCCAUAGAUCUCCACAGCCCCUCCAAUUCUGGAGAUA